AUGUCUGACAAGAAUGACUUGACUGCUCGCGAGCUCGAGGUUUCGGGUUUGGCCUGGCUCUGUGUUGGAGACUCAUUCCCCAAAAUCCACCUCGAGAAGCUAGCUCAGGUGGCCAACAUUAACGCGGUCAAGACGGCUUCCAACAACUGGUGCGAGAUCAAGAAGAAAAUUGGCAACGCUUCGGCCAAUGGCGACACCGGGUUGACUGCUCGCGAGUUCGAGAUUGCCGGUCUUGCUUGGCAAUGCGUUGUUGGUGGAAUGCCCAAGGUCGACCUAAAGAAGCUCCAGCAGGUCUCAGGCAUCAACACUUUGAAGACCACAUCCAACAAGUGGUGGGCCAUCAAGAAAAAGCUUGCCGCCAAGGUUAACGCUACCUCGAGCUCAGGUCCUUCUCAGAGCGAGGGAGAACUCACCACCCCGGCCACCCCAGCCAACUCUACCAGCGGUAGGAGGUGCAAGGCUUCUGCUUCCACCACCGCGAUUAAGCCUGCCAUCACCAAGAAGCGCAAGGCUACUUCUUCCCCCACCGAAUCGACAACGCCCGCCAUCACCAAGAAGCGCAAGACUUCUGUCGCCGCCGCUGCUGAUUAUGACUCUGACGGUGACGGUGAUGAUGAUGAGGCAGGGGCUCCUGUUGCCACAGAAGAGGGCGGCAUCACUUGGCGUCAGCCUCAUGAGCUUGAUCUGUGGCAUGUUUUCUAG